CCGUUGUAUGUUUUCUGGCUUUUAUUUGUGUGGCCAUCCAUCGGCCUUGCAUAUUCAUAUUCAUCUCUCUCUCUCUCUCUCUCUCUCUCUCUCUCUCUCUCUCUCUAGCUUGAUCAUAAUUGUAUGAAAUUCCAAAGACAAAUUAAGAAGAAGAACAUGACAACAAGCAAAGCUACACCAAUUACAUCACAGCAGCUGCAGCAGCCUGCAGAGUGUUGCAUGUGUGGUGAUUAUGGCUUCUCCCACGAUCUCUUCCAAUGCAAACUCUGCCAAUUCAGAUCGCAACACAGGUACUGUAGCAAUCUGUACCCAAAUGUGGCGGACUCCAACAGAUCAAUCUGCAAUUGGUGCUUGACUCAGAAAGACGACGCCAAAGAGAAAUCCCAGAACUCUUCCAAUUCCGAUUCAAUUACCAAGAUUAAUAUUACUAAUCCCAAGAAUAAUAAGCAACAACAAGGUAUUAGUAGUAGUAGUAAUAAUAAUAAUAAUAAUAAUACUAGUCUUAUUGCGAGACGUCAAGGAAGCAAUAAUCACUUGCAAGUAGUCAAGUACGGCCCAAUCAAGAAGCAGAAAUCGGUCGAGGUCUUAUUACCGUUGCCGGCACCGGUGCCGUCGCCAUCGCCGGUGCCGUCGCCAUCGCCGGUGACCCGUAAGAGGAUUUUGCUGAAAGAAGAGAGAUUGAGAAGAACAAGGUCUGAGGAUAUAUCAAACGGCAAAGCUGGGGUUACAAAGCAUGUGGUGUUUAGGAAUAAGGUCAGAAGGUACAAGCUUUUGGAUGAGGUUUCAAGUUAAUUCCCUAGAAGCUUCUUCUACUAGUAAUUUUUUUGCUUUUUUUUUUUUCUCAAAGAUACCCUUUGUUUUCA